CCUACCGCGGCUGCGGCGCCGAUUGGGCCCCGCCGGCUGCCGUCCCGCGGGGGUGUCUGGGAAGGAGAGAUCAUGGCGGCGGCGCCGAGCAAGACGGAGAUACAGACGUUCUUCAAGAGGCUUCGGGCAGCGCCGGCCAACAAGUCGUGCUUCGACUGCGGCGCCAAGAACCCGAGCUGGGCCAGUAUCACCUACGGGGUCUUCCUGUGCAUCGACUGCUCCGGCGUCCACCGGUCCCUGGGCGUGCACCUCAGCUUCAUCAGGUCCACAGAGUUUGAUUCUAACUGGAACUGGUUCCAGCUGAGGUGUAUGCAAGUGGGCAGUAAUGCCAAUGCGACUGCUUUCUUCCGCCAGCAUGGCUGUACCACCACAGAUGCCAAUGCUAAAUAUAACAGUCGAGCUGCCCAGAUGUACAGGGAGAAGAUCCGGCAGCUGGCAAGUGCUGCCAUGGCCAAGUAUGGCACUGAUCUGCUUAUAGAUGGACUGAGUGGAGCCCCUGGGCACUCCCCUGACAAGAGCGAUGCUGAUUUCUUCAUGGAGCACACACAGUCUUCCAGUGCCUGGGAUGUAGCAGAUGCCAGCCAGAAUCCUGCACAGUCUUCUCCAGAGGUGGAAAAAGCAGCAAAGUCAUCAGAAGGCAGCGAAGUUUCAAAUCCCAGCCAAGGUCCAUCAAUUGACUUGUUGAGCACAUCUCCUAAAGCUCCACUAGACAUGUCCAUGUAUCUGUCAACACAAGGGGCUGCUCCUGCUGGAGAACUCAAAUCCUCCCUCAUUGGAAAGAAGAAGCCAGGAGCUGCCAAGAAAGGGCUGGGUGCAAAAAAAGGUCUUGGAGCCCAGAAAGUGAGCAGCCAGAGCUUCAGUGAGAUUGAGCGGCAAGCCCAGGUGGCAGAACAGCUGAGGGAGCAGCAGGCAGUGGAGUCCAGGAAACAAGCUGAGGAGUCCAUAGUCACCUCAAUGCGACUGGCUUAUCAGGAACUGCAGCUUGAUCGGAAGAAGGAAGAGAAGAAACUCCAGAACCUUGAAGGGAAGAAACGUGAACAAGCAGAGAGGCUGGGCAUGGGAUUGGUGUCCAGAAGUUCUGUUUCACACUCGGUGAUGUCGGAGAUGCAAGUAAUUGAGCAGGAGACGCCGCUGGUAGCAAAAUCUUCCCGCUCCCAACUGGACUUGUUUGAAGAUGGUGGAAGCUUCACAUCUGGGCCCCCCAAGUACAAAUACAGUCCCUUCUCAUUUGAAGAUUCAUUUGGCUCACGAUGGGAAACAGACUCUUCAUGGGGCACAGACAAAGAGGAAGAACCAGAGGUGACUGUUUCCAGCAUUCGACCAGUUUCAGAGAGACCUACCAGUAGGCGGGAGAUGGAGAACAGGCCAUCCAUGGUGGAAUCCAAUGAAGCUCGGCAGAAGUUUGCAGGGGCUAAAGCUAUCUCUUCGGAUAUGUUUUUUGGGAGGGAGGCAGAUGCUGAGUAUGAAGCCAGAUCCCGACUGCAGCAGCUCUCAGGCAGCAGUGCCAUCAGCUCUGCAGAUCUGUUUGGAGAGGCUGACAAUGCGCAUUCAGGUGGUGUGUCUAUUGGAAAUGUCCUGCCUACAGCUGACAUUGCACAAUUCAAACAAGGAGUGAAAUCAGUUGCCGGCAAGAUGGCUGUCCUGGCCAAUGGGGUGAUGAACUCCCUUCAGGAUCGCUAUGGUUCAUAUUGAUGACCCAGGGACUGGAAAGGGAAGCCAGCAAGAGGCAUUGAUGCCACCUUGCCACCUUUGCCUGGAGUAAACUCUGCAGGAUUGUCGUAUUUGUCUGGGUUGGGUGGGGAGGGGAGAAGGUAAGCUGAGGGGGUCAGGACAUGGCUAUGCCCAGGAUGCUUUCUGAGUAUCUCUGGAUUCCACUCUAUUAAAAUUCAGUGUGCCCUCAUACCCACUGCUAUCUACUAGCCAGUGGAAACAGGCCUUCUCACAGGGUUAACCUCAUUGCUGUAAAAGAUAUGACAGGAACUCCUGGGCUGCCCUCAUCAGUGCUCCUGUCCUUCUUUGCCCCAUACCUAAGCUCACCAAGUGAAAGAGAAAAGGGGAAUGCUAUUUUUCUGAACAUCAUGUGACAUGACUGUUUUUUGUUCUGAUCACUGCUCCCAAUCCAUGGUGCUGUGGAGUCCUCUGUAUUUGCAGGGUUUGCCUUUUACCAUGAUCUAGUCCUUUUUACUGUCUUCUAAACCAGCAUAUAUGAAUGCGGGAGGAAAAAAAAAUCAAAUCAAAGAUUAUUUUUUUAGCUUCUAACUACAUCAUCAACAAAAAAGGCCCAGGUAAAGAAGUAAAAAAAUUUACUGGAUCCCUGAUUUAUUUUGUUGCCCAACUUUGGAUCAGAUCAAAGUACUGAGCUUCUGACUGAACCAUGAGGUGCAGCAGUGAGGACUGUCAUUUUAGUCCUGUUCAUCUUGGUCUCUGGUUUUAAUAAGAGUGCUUUUCCUUAAACU